CAUACUUUCUUUAUCAGAUGAGAGAGAAAAUCGAAACCUUAUCCAUUUUCCACCCCCACUACAUCCCAUCCUUUAUAAAUUGGCAAUAACCAAUAUAAUCUCUCCAUUUCCAACUACACAUCCCUCCAUUUCCAUCUCCUCAAUCAAUCAACACAUUUCUAAACAAAAAAAAAAAAAAAAUGGCGAGUACAACAAAGAGUUACAUGAUGGCAAGGAGAGCAAGUAACUACCGAUUCUUAACGAGUGACCCGAUCCAACCCCCGAAAAGCACACCCGAGUUAGAGUUCGAUGAAUCGGAUAUAUGGGGCGGGUCGACCCGAUCUGACUCGCCGGAGACUCGGAGUUGGAGACAGUCGACACGGCGAGCGAUCGCUGCACCGACGCCAGUGAGGAGACGCGGUGAUACGGCGGCGUCGUUGCCGGUGAAUAUUCCAGACUGGUCGAAGAUACUGCGAGAUGAGUAUAAAGUUGAUGAGAAAUGGAGCUUUGACGGUGGAGAUAACGGUGGUGAUAACGGAAACGGAGAAGAGUGGGUCCCACCUCAUGAGUAUUUGGCAAGAACUAGAAUGGCGUCGUUUUCAGUACAUGAAGGAAUUGGAAGAACUUUGAAAGGAAGGGAUUUAAAUAAGGUUAGGAAUGCGAUUUGGGAGAAGACUGGAUUUCAAGACUAAGCAUGACUUUUUUUUUUUUUUUUUUUUUUUGGAUUUGGAGAUUUUGUGAGAGAGGAAAUAACCGGCGAUUUUUAAUUAAUUAAAGAUAUUAUUUAUUUUGGACACUUGGUAGAUUUUAAAUUAGAUUUUAUUGCAGGGAAGUUGAUUUUUUUUCCAGGAGAGAUUUUUUGGUUUUGUUUAAAGUUUCCUGUAAUGUAAGUUCUGAUUGUAAUUCUAAAAUGGUAUAUUGUGAUUGGAACUCGAUGUUUUUGAGGAGUUUCUUGA